AUGGACCCCCGUACCAGUGCCCAGGACGUGAUGCGAUGUGACCUGUGUGAGACCGCUGUGGUACAGAUGCACUGUGAUACAUGUCUUGUCAACCUGUGUAAGGCCUGUGUGGGAGAACAUUUUUCUGCUGAUUUCUCAACACCACAUAAAAUAGUUGAUUUCAAGGCUAGGAAAUCUACUUUGAUUUACCCUAAUUGUGUGUCACAUGAUGUUGAAUCAUGUGAAAUGUACUGUAACGAAUGUGACAUUCCCGUCUGCAACACUUGCAUUGCAUCUGAUCAACAUCUAGGUCAUAAAUUAUUGAAGAUUUUAGAAGUUUUGAGUAAAAGAAAAGAAAAGAUUAUGAAGGAUCGUACAGAAUUAAAUGAAACAAUCUAUCCGACAUACCAGGGCAUUGCCUGUGAUGUAGAAGAGAGAUUAUGUCUCUUACAAAAGGAAUACAAAAAGCUUUCAACAGCCAUAACAAAACAAGGAGACAUUUGGCAAAGGGAAAUUAAUGAAUUUGUCAAUAAACUAAAAUCUAAAACUGAUGAAAUGAAAAACAAACAGUUAGAAACUCUGCAGAAACAUUUUGAUGAAGUAAAGCAGAAAAUCUCCGACAUCCAGGAUGAAAUCAAUUCAAUCGAUGUUGCUUUAAAUUCUACAAAUAUUUCUGAAGUGUUCAGUAUUUUGUCUCCAGUGGAUAAAUACAGAAAACUUCCGAAGAAAAUCAUGUUUUCUGUCCCUAAAUUUUCCCCCAAUAAAAUACAGGAAGAUCAUUUGUACAAUUUUAAUCCAGGUAUUUUAGAAGAGCAUGAAUACAACCUGAUAACAAAAUCAGAAUCACCAGAAGCUGGAUCCUUUCCUCCAGUCAAACAGCUGCUUGAUCAACCAGAGACUGUCACCACCAUAGACACGGGGUAUAGAAACCUUUAUAAUGUGGCCUGUCUGAGUAAUGAAGAAAUCUGGACAAGUGGAAAUGGCAGCAUCUUGAAACUUUUCAGCAUCAAUCAGGGAUCACUACUCAAGUCAAUCACAGCCAAGUCAUGGACAAGACCAGAGGGCAUCGCAGUGACAAAAAAGGGAGAUCUAGUCUAUACUGAUCAGUUUGAUAAAACUGUGAACAUUUUGAAGAAUGAGAAGAUAGAGGAGGUGAUCAAACUACAGAACUGGGUGCCUAGCGGUCUCUGUAGUACCUAUUGUGGGGACCUGUUGGUAACUAUGUACAUUCAUAACAAGCAAUCAAAGGUUGUCCGUUAUUCUGGAUCUACAGAAAAACAAACCAUUCAGUUUGAUGAGACUGGUAAGCCUCUCUUUUCGUUCGGUACUUACGAUAAUUUUAUCAGUGAAAAUCUGAACCUUGAUAUCUGCAUGACUAACAGUGAAACAAAAGAAGUAGCUGUGGUCAGUCAGGCCGGGAAACUGAGAUUCAGGUACACUGGACAUACUAUUGCUCCAAAGAACCAACCAUUCAGUCCACGAGGAAUCACCACAGACAGUCAGAGUCACAUCCUUACAGCUGAUUAUAACAAUCACUGUGUCCACAUCAUAGACCAGGAUGGACAGUUCCUCCGUUACAUAGACUGUGGACUGAGUAAACCGUAUGGACUGUGUACAGAUAAAAAUGAUUAUCUGUAUGUUGCUCAACAGUUUGAGAAAGAAGUGAAGAAAAUCAAAUACCUGAAGUGA